AUCCAGCCGUGUAUGUAGCGAACAAGUGGUUUGAAUUUAGGCGACAGAGGAAAUUGCUCUUUCACUGAUAAACCCACACUGCAGCAGGGACGUAUGCUGUUUCAUAAGGAUUCCCUCGGUUUCCAGAUAUAACCAUGGUUUUGUGGCUUAAACUGUUGGCAUUUGGCCUUGUCCUGCUGGACCUUGAUGUCUUCGUCACAGGGCAAGACUCAAGCCCGUCUCCUAAUGGAUGGAAUACACUGGAAACACCAAAUGCUUCAGCUCCCACUGGCCCCCAAACUCCACGCUCCAAUGCAUCCUUACCCGCAAACACAACGGAGAGAGAACCCGUUUCUGCAGGCGCCACCUCUACUCUCGACCCAAAUAUUACUUCAACCGAAAUGCCGUUUGACUCCACUAAUUCCACCAGUGCUCUGAGCACUGGAAUUACAGGACAGAAUACGCUGGAAAAACCAAACGCUUCAACUCCUACUGGCCCUCAAACUCCACGCUCCACUACAUCCUUACCCACAAACACAACGGAAAGAGAACCCGUUUCUGCAGGCACCGCCUCUACUCUCGACCCAAAUAUUACUUCAACCAAAAUGCCAUUUGGCUCCACUAAUUCCACCAGUGCUCCGAGCAUUGGGAUUACAGGUUCUUCACUCUCAGUCAGCCCUCACUUUUCCACGCAUGCAGAUGCUCCCAAUGGAUCUGUCACACAGGCACACAGCAGCAGCCCUGCUGUCCUUUCCACACUCACUACUGCCAGCCACAGGCCGACUUCACCAGACACGAGUGCACUCACCACCUCUCCCGCAAGCUCAAUCUCCAUGCAGAACCAAGACUCGAGUCCGUCACCCACAAGCACUGGGUCUCUUACCCAACUCACUCCCACCAUCAACAUCACAGUUAACGCUUCAGACGUUAUACUUACUACCAUCUCACCAACCUCACUGGACACUUCAGCAAGCAUUGCACCUGCAAGCAUUACACCUGCCAUGAUCUCAACUCCUGACCGUUCCACAGCUUUAGUUACAGAACCUCCCAAGAAGGAAUGUGGCAAAAUUGCAGUUGGAAAAUACAUGUACAACAGCAACAGUCAAUCAUUUCAAGUACACGUGGAUAUUCAUGAAGAUAGUAGUGAAAAUAUCACCUUACAUUGUCAUCAGUGCAACUUUACAGGAAAAAAAGGAGAGAAGGAAAUUUAUGGUAUAAUGCCAUGUAAAGGAUACACAAUUGUGAUAAAGAAUGCCUCAUGUGAAUCUGAAGUUUCCAAAGUUGCUCCUCCUACUUCUGAGCAGUUAAAUUUGAGCACAUCUGUGGACAACUCUACUGCAAACACAUCUAUUACCAUCACCUGGAAUCUCAAGCCUAUUAAUUGCAGUGUAGACCAGCUUCAUCUAAUCUGUGGUCUGGAAAACUGUACUUGGAACACAGCUGUGAACAAUUGUAAUACAGAAAGAUAUAAUCUCAGUUUGAAUUUCCCAUGUGGUGAUAUUGAUUAUCAUGAACAUCAACCUACUAGUGGAGAAAAAUGUGGUCUAUUAAUACAACGUUUAACCCCAAAUACAAAAUAUAAAUGCAAAGCAACGUAUGAUGGAUCAGAGUUGGCCCAAAUAACUUUCCAAACAGACUUUGGCCCCCCAGGAAAGCCACGGUCUCUUCAUGUUUUGAAACAAAACGUCAGUGCUUUGCUGACAUGGGAAGAACCAGAAAAUCCUGAUUUUGCUCCUUUUGACAAAUAUAUCAUUCAUUUGAAGGGAGGGGAAAAAGACGUUUCUCCUUCAAUACAAGUAAAAGAAACAAAUUACACGGCAGAAAACUUAUUGCCCUACACAGAGUAUACUGUAAAAGUACAAGCCACAGUUGCAGGAAGACAAUGCCGUGUUGGACCUGAAGAACAACUUAAAUUUAGAACACUUGCAGGAUGGCCCGGCCCAGUGGAAAAUCCUUCUAUAAAACUCGUGUCUGAUAAUCAUAUUCAAGUUAUCUGUGAGAAAACCAAAAAUUUAAGAGGUCCCAGAGAAGACUUCAUAUUGAUAUAUGAGAAGGAGGAUAAAAUGGUUCAGUUAAAUCAGUCAAGAUGCACUUUCGAUAUAAAAGAUCUUCAAUAUUCAACCGAGUACAAAUUUACGAUUGCAGUUUUCAAUGGAGCAUAUAGGGGGGAAGAAAUCUCCAUAACAAAAGCGACACGAUACAAUUCUCAAGCACUGAUCAUAUUCCUGGCAUUCUUGAUUAUUGUGACGUCUCUAGCUUUGCUUAUGGUCUUGUAUAAAAUAUAUGACCUGCACAAAAAAAGGCUAAGCAGUUCAGAUGAGUGCAUAGUGCUGGUGGAAAGGGAUGAUGAUAAACAGCUGAUGAGUGUGGAGCCAAUUCAUUCAGACGUGUUGCUGGAAACAUAUAAGAGAAAGAUUGCGGAUGAAGCAAGACUAUUUCUGGCAGAAUUUCAGAGUAUUCCGAGAGUGUUCAGUAAAUUUUCUAUCAAGGAUGCACGCAAAUCUUUCAAUCAAAACAAAAAUCGUUACGUUGAUAUUCUUCCUUAUGAUUAUAAUCGUGUUGAACUCUCAGAGGUAAAUGGAGAUGUAGGAUCAGACUACAUAAAUGCAAGCUAUGUUGAUGGCUUCAAAGAACCGAGGAAAUACAUUGCUGCACAAGGCCCCAAAGAUGAAACUGUUGAUGAUUUCUGGAGGAUGAUCUGGGAGAGGAAAGUAACUAUCAUUGUCAUGGUGACUCGCUGUGAAGAAGGAAACCGGAACAAGUGUGCAGAGUACUGGCCCACCGUGGAGGAGAAUUCCAACACUUAUGGAGAAAUAGUAGUGAAGAUCAGUGACUAUAAGAGGUGUCCUGAUUACGUCAUUCAGAAAUUCAACAUUACAAAUAAAAGGGAAAAGACAGCAGGCCGAGAUGUGACCCACAUCCAGUUCACUAGCUGGCCAGACCAUGGUGUUCCUGAAGAACCUCACCUUCUCCUCAAGCUGCGGAGACGAGUCAAUGCUUUCAGCAACUUUUUCAGUGGUCCCAUCGUUGUCCAUUGCAGUGCCGGGGUCGGCCGCACCGGAACCUACAUUGGAAUUGAUGCCAUGUUGGAGGGACUCGAGGCCGAAAACCAAGUGGACGUUUAUGGUUACGUGGUCAAGCUCCGGCGUCAGAGAUGCUUGAUGGUCCAAGUGGAGGCCCAGUAUAUUCUGAUUCACCAAGCUCUAGUGGAGUACAAUCAGUAUGGGGAAACAGAAGUGAAUAUUUCAGAACUGCAUACUCAGCUAAAUUACAUGAAGACGAGAGAUCCACCGAACGAACCAACCCCGCUGGAGGCUGAGUUCCAGAGACUUCCAACAUAUAGAGGUUGGCGCUCACAAAACUUUGGAAAUCAUGAAGAAAAUAAAAGUAAAAAUAGGAAUUCCAAAAUGAUUCCAUAUGACUACAACAGAGUUUCUCUUAAACAUGAAUUGGAGACAAGCAAGGAGAGUGAACAUGAAUCAGAUGAGUCAUCUGAUGAUGACAGUGAGUCUGAGGAGUCAAGCAAAUACAUCAAUGCUUCUUUCAUAACUAGCUACUGGAAACCAGAUGUGAUGAUUGCCGCUCAGGGGCCACUUAAGGAAACGGUUGGCGAUUUCUGGCAAAUGAUCUUUCAGAGGAAAGUCAAAGUUAUUGUUAUGCUGACAGAUCUACAAGAUGGAGAACAGGAACUCUGUGCCCAGUACUGGGGAGAAGAAACACAAACAUAUCAAGAUGUGGAAGUUAAAAUGAUAGAUGUAAACCAGUGUAUGUCAUACACCAUCCGGGCAUUUGAACUGAGACAUGCAAAGAGGAAAGAUGCCCGAACAGUUUACCAGUACCAGGUUAACAACUGGAAAGGGGAAGAUCUUCCUGAAGACCCCAAGGGAUUAAUUGCUAUGUUUCAAAACCUCAGAAAUAAGCUUCCGAAGAAACCUGUCUCUGAAGGAAACAAAUGUCAUAAGGGUGUUCCACUUCUGAUCCACUGCAGGGAUGGAUCCCAACAAACCGGGACAUUCUGUGCUUUGUUGAACCUUUUGGAAAGUGCAGAGACGGAAGAAGCAAUAGAUGUUUUUCAGGUCGUGAAAUCCCUGCGUAGAGCAAGGCCAGGAAUGGUUACUUCCUUUGAGCAUUAUCAGUUCCUCUAUGAUAUCAUAGCCAGCAUCUACCCAGCCCAGAAUGGGCAAGUGAAAAACAGCAGCACCCAAGAAGAUAAAAUUGAAUUUGACAAUGAAGAGGACAAGCCUAAGGAGGAUGCUAAUUCCUCUAGCACACCUGCCGCCUCAGCUGCUCAAUCAGAAGAAGCCGAGGAGGCAGAAGAUUCCAAAUCUACAGGUGGCUCUAAAGAGACUGAAAGCUCUUCAAAUGGCCCCAUGACCCCCACUUUAACGGAGAAUGCGUAGAAGGGUCUGGGACAGGUAGGGGUGGGGUUGGGUGGUGAGGGUGGAUGUGGGCUAGGUAGCUGAAAUUGCAUACUCAUUUGUUUUUAUCUGUUGUGCUGCAAAAUGUGAGCUUUGUUACCAUACUCCAACUAGGAACAUAAUACUUGAAGUAUGUGGAUUACUGCAAUGCACUGAAUUGCUGGAACUUGCAUUGAGGGAAAUCUCUUAAGCAUAUUGACAUACUUUGCUGUAAGAAUUUCUUGGUACAGUCAUGCUUAUGAAAUAGGGAUAGCUAAAUGUUAUAAAAAAAUUCUUUGAAAUAAGGUAUCAGCGGGUGUUAAGCUAUUUUUAAGAAAAAUAUGGUACCUUGAAACUAGAUGUUGCCCAAAGGAAAAAAAAAUAUGACAAUUUGAAGGGGGCAGGCUACGGACAUUGUAAACUCUUAGAAAUAAUGUGUAAGGUGUAGGAAUUAGUGAAAAUGUUCAGAUUGUCCUCAAGAUGUCCCUAUUGUUUCACAAACUAUCUUAUCUAAAUAUUUGACUGUCCGAGUACCUUAGAAGAACAGAGCAUUUUGCUAUUUAGACUUCAGGAAAAUUAGAUAUAUUAACAUUGACAGUCUUUCCCAUCAUAUGUUAGCAUUUAGCCCAAUCUUUUUCAUGCUGAUGUAACCUAAUUUAAUGUUCUUCUAGAUGAGUAUGGUGGUGUUGCCUUUUUUUACAGUAUAUGUUUGACAUAGGCUUUUAUUCACUGUACAGACUGUGGGUUCUAUAAAUUCAUAGUUUUUCUUAAGAUUAUUGGUGUGCUACUUAAAUUUAAAGUGAACCAACAGCAAUAUGUACUAUCAUAGACUGGAACAUUUGUAUUUGAAAGUAAAAUACUGAUAGUUUCCCCAGGAAAUAUUAUUUACCCCUGUUUGCACAGCUAUCAGAGGCAAAGUCCAAGUCGAUGUGGCUAACAUUGGCGCCUUGUUGAAAUCUUGUUCACUGUCUUAUCUGCUUGGAAUUCUUCAUAGGCUAAAAUCCCCUUUCCUUAAAGUAUAGUCAUCAAUAAAUCCUAACAUAUUGAAUCUUUAUUUUUGAAAUGUGGAAUAAGACAGUUGCAUUUACGUAUGUUUGAGAAAAUGUUCAAAAUGUUAUUAAACCAUUUCUUCUG